CGGGAGAAGACGGCGCAUCCCAGGAGCAUCAGAUCACUCAAUCACAAAACUGCUGUAGAAAUGCCUGCAGACGCUAAAUGCAAAGGCUACUCUGAUGUGAUCAAAGGGAUACUGCUUCAUCAGAAGAAGGUACUGGAAUGAAAGCCAUUCAAAGAAGAAGAAGAAGGAGGAGGAGGAGGAGGAAUGCGAUGGCCCUCCUCACGAGAAUGUCGCAGUUGAUGUCUGCUGCUGUGCGUGGGAACAACGAGGCCAUCAAGUUGCUUCUAGAUGCAGCGGCACCAGAGUGUGAUGAAGGUCGUUAUCCCAGAGCAACGCUUACAAUCAAUUUACUAGAUAACCAAUUGGUCUUGUUCUUCAAUGAUGGACCGAGUUCAUAUUGCCUCAAACUAAUAGACAAAAGUAUUAGGUAGUAGUAGACCUGGUUGGGCCACCAGACACGUCGAUACGUCAGUCCUCCAGUUUCAAUACCCUCCAUGCUAGCACGCGAGACUAGAUCAGAUCUCCCCACCGC